AUGGCUGCCUCAGCUGUUUUCAUUCUGGUCACUCUGUGCCUCUCCGUCAUACCCCCGACCACCCCAUCCUGCACCAGGGGCUCCUUUCGAGAGUGCAAAGAGGCAGAGUUUGCUCCGGGCUCCAACCUGGGCGGCGAGGGUUUCGACAUCACCAGGAUGCAGCGCAAGGGGGCCUUUGUGAUCGACAUGAACCUGUGGAGACGCGAGAACAACACCUGCCUGCUGUGCAAGAACCCGUACCAAGAGGGGAAGAUGCAGAAGGUCCCACUUCCCGUGGUGCACUGGAGGCCUAUUCAGAAAUGUAGCAUGAAGGUGGCCAGCUCACAGUACCAGUCAAGCGAGUCCCUGGUCAGAUCUGUCACGUCCAGCGUGGAGAACAACUGGAAAGCCGAUUUAAAAGUAGAGACCAAAAGGGUGGAUGGCUCCCUCAUGCUAGCUGGAACCAACUCGCAUAUAGCCGAGUAUGCUAUGGAAAAAACGAAGAGAGACAAAUAUACCUUCUUGAGCCAUAAGAUGGUCUGCAGUCACUACAGCUACAUGGUUUCCAACCGGCCCCCUCUCCACCCAGAAUUCCAGUACGCCAUCAACCAGCUGCCCAAGAAAUACACCACUGAGAACAAAAGACGCUUCUACAAGCUCAUCGACAACUUUGGCACCCACUAUAUGACAAAAGUGACCCUGGGUGGGAUGGUGCACUCGGUGACCAGUGUCAGGCAGUGCAUGGCCUCCCUACAAGGCCUGACCUCGGACGAGGUCAAGAUGUGUCUGGACCUAGAGGCUUCAGCCAGCGUGGGAGACCAUGCCAAGGCCGGUGCAGAGAUGAAGCACUGUAAGGAGGCAAAGGAGAGGACAGAGGACAAGACCAGCUUCUCCGGCAGCUUUAAUGACAGAUUUACAGAGGUUUUCGGUGGCCACAGCACAGAAGCCGAUCUUCUCUUCUCUGCAGACAAAGACCCAGCGGCCUACAAAGAAUGGCUGUCCAGCCUGGCAGCCAACCCAGAUGUGAUCAACUACUCACUGGAUCCACUCCACGAACUGUUACCCACCAAUAACUCAGUGAGGAAGGAGCUACGCAAAGCAAUCGAGCAUUACGUUCUAGAGCGGGGACUCUGGCAAAACUGCUCAGAGCCCUGCAAGUCUGGCAUCAAAAGGAAUCCCAAGGAGCCCUGUGCGUGCAGUUGUCAUGGUAAUCCUGGCGUAGGUAGCAAUUGCUGUCCCACCAAACGUGGCCUUGCUCGAGUCGUCAUCACAGCAGUGAAGGCAACAGGGUUGUGGGGUGACACCACCACAGCAACAGAUACCUAUGUGAAGGUGUUUAACUCCCAGAACAUGCAAAUCGGACGCAGCAAUGUGAUUUGGAACAACAACUCACCUCAGUGGAACAUGAUCUUUGACAUUGGUGACGUCAUCUUGUCCCAGAGCAGCAUGGUGAGGUUUGAGGUGUGGGAUGAAGACAGUGGGUGGGAUGACGACUUGCUGGGAACUUGCACUACUGACAUCAAGGAAGGGACCAAGGACGAUGCAUGUGCCCUGAACCACGGAGUGUUCUACUACAAACUCCAGGUGACCUGUGGCCCCAGCUUGAGUGGUCCGUCCUGCUCCGAGUAUGUGAGCUCUCCCAUGAACGGUCAGCUGGAAAAACUGUAUGUGUCCCGCCAUGCUCGACCCAUACCGAAGGAAAUGCUCCUCAAAAUGGGAGUGUUUAGCGAUGAUGCUUAAAUUAGUUAAACACUUUAAGUUGAUUUCAUUCUUUGCUCAGCACAAUUUGCCAUGUUUCAUCUUCAUAUUAUUGUUCAUUUUCAUUCAUAAGUAAAUUUAGAAUGUCAUAUUGUCUUCCACUGGACAAACUCACAGAUACUAUGUAGCAUAUUACUAUGUUUUACAUUUACGUAAACAGCACAUACUUGUAUCCAAUGCAAUGCAAGCAACUUAAGACAAUGCAUUA